CCACUUGAAUCUUUGACUUCAAAAUAUAUUUAUGAGUGAUCAACAACGCGUUUAAUCCUCCCUAACAACAUUUAAUGCGAUGUAACUACUAUCCUAUCUUAUCUCAUAAUAUUCUUAAUGGUAAAUUUCUUAUCAACUGUCAACAGAAGGAACCCAUUAAUAGUUUUCCACCCACCUUUAUUCCAUAAAAAUAUAAGUGAUUAAGAGUCACUUAGUUCCCACAUUCUUAGUGUGGGAUUCUUUGGUGCAAAAAUGGCUUCACCUUCUUCUUCUCCACAACCCAAAGAAGUUCCAUCAUAUGAUGUAUGGGAAGAAAAUGGUGCAGCUCGCAAAGCCAAAUGGUGGUACUCAACUUUUCACACAGUCACCGCCAUGGUUGGUGCCGGUGUUCUCAGCUUGCCCUAUGCCAUGGCUUACUUGGGAUGGGGUCCAGGGUCUUUUACCAUGGUAUUAUCUUGGUGUAUUACACUACAUACAAUGUGGGAAAUGAUACAGCUCCAUGAACAUGAGCCUGGAAUUCGUUUUGAUAGAUACUAUGACCUAGGCCGGCAUGCAUUUGGCCCAAAACUUGGCCCAUGGUUAGUACUACCUCAGCAGCUCAUUGUACAAGUUGGUUGUGACGUUGUGUACAUGGUUACUGGAGGAAAGUGUCUCAAGAAGUUUAUGGAAAUUACAUGCACAAACUGCACAAAAAUUAGACAAUCCUAUUGGAUUUGCAUAUUUGGUGGUCUCCAAUUCUUCUUGUCUCAGCUACCUGACUUCAAUUCUGUUUCUGCUGUUUCAAUGGCAGCUGCAAUCAUGUCACUAAGCUAUUCGACAAUAGCUUGGGUGGGUUGCCUUAGUCGAGGCACGAUCCCGAACGUGAGUUAUUCAUACAAAAAAACCACUGGAGUUGACUACAUGUUCAGGGUUCUUAAUGCAUUGGGGCAGGUCACAUUUGCCUUUGCUGGAGGUGCUGUGGUGCUUGAAAUUCAGGCCACAAUUCCAUCCACUCCUCAAAAGCCCUCAAAAGUGCAAAUGUGGAAAGGCACUCUUUUGGCCUAUUUCAUCAAUGCAAUAUGCUAUUUUCCAGUGGCUUUGAUCGGAUACUGGGCGUUCGGCCAAGAUGUCACAGAUAACGUGUUGGUAGCACUUGAGAGACCAUCGUGGCUCAUUGCAGCUGCUAACUUAAUGGUGGUCAUUCAUGUCAUAGGCAGCUAUCAGGUUUAUGCCAUGCCGGUGUUUGAUAUGAUGGAGAAAACUUUGGUUAAAAGAUCGAGCCUCCCACAUCGACUCAUGCUAAGACUUGUCGUUCGUUCUAUUUAUGUUGCAUUCACCCUAUUUAUUGGUGUAACCUUCCCUUUCUUUGGAGAUCUUCUUGGUUUCUUUGGCGGAUUUGGCUUUGCUGCAACAACUUAUUUGCUACCCAGCAUGAUAUGGCUAAAACUUAAGAAACCAAAGAGAUACAGUGCAUCUUGGAUUAUGAACUGGGCAUGGGUAUUUUUCGGAGUAUUCAUUAUGUUGGCAUCGUCGGCUGGCGGAUUGCGGAAUAUUAUUGUUGAUUCUUCAAGUUAUGAAUUCUACUCAUGAAUUGAUCAUUUUGAUUUGUAUUAAGAAGUAUGAGUUGGAUAUAUUUGAGACAUUGUGUAACCUUUAUGUGAAUGCCAUGUUAGUAAUAAUUGUGAAGAAGUAAA